AUGAAUCCCAUGUGGAAAGUCUAUAAGAGUAAAGUGAUGAAGACCCUUAACCCAGACAUGGAGGACGACCCAGUCGAGGAGGUCAAUGAUGUUUCUGAAGACAUGACUCCCAUCCAGCAAGAUGAUUCUCCCAGUUCAAUGUCACAACUGGCCAAGCGAAUGCAGGGGGCCAGUGUGAAGGGCUGGAAGAGUGUUUCAGGACUCUUCAACAAAGAUGAUGAACACCAGCUGCUGGAGACAGAGACAGAGAAUCAGCCUGUUGCAGAUCAUCCGCUGGCAGUGAAACCAGAGGAGCCUCCGAGACCCAACAAGCGCACCACGGGAUUCUGGGAUAAUUUCGCCACUAAGUGGCACCAGGCGGAGACAUCGGUGGCCUCAGGAAUGGAGGAAGAUGCCGACGGCAGCAUCCAGGAGGUGGAGAAUGAGACCGGAGGAAGGGGAGAAGACGGGGAAAAUCAGGCCGGGCAGGAAAGCGGUGCCGGGAAAGGCGGGGUAAGCAACAGCUUUUCCAAGUAUGCGACACUGGGAGGAGACGAGGACACGCCAACCUUCAAGUGGAACUUUGUCACCAGUAAGCUGGCUGAUCUGAAGACUAGAAGCAUGGCCAAGAGCAACUAGCCAAUGGUCGAGAGGAGCAGGCCAGAUAAAUACAAAAACUAGAGAAGGGUUCAGUGCUUUAUCAUGCGUAUGAUGAUCACAUUUUACUGAACCAGUUAAAAAACUAUCUGGCCUCUCUUGGCCUGGAGUGGAAAGCCUGGAUUUCUGGAGGUGAAGUGUGUCAUUUUUCUUCAAAUGUUGGAAAACCUUUUCAACACAAUUUGUUUGUCCAAACGAUAAAAACUGGGUGGAAUCUUAUAGUGGUUUGACACCUGUGAUCUAAAAACAAAAUCGAUGAUGCAAGCGGCAGAAAAAAUGACACACUUGACCUUUAAGGAAAAACAAAUGAUACAUCAGGGAAUUAUCAGACCAAAGAAUUAAUAUUUGAGAUCGCAUUCUGUUAAUAUUCAUCAAAAGAUUCAUGCAAAGAAUGCAAGCUAGAGUAAAGAUAAUUAAACAAAAUACCAACAAUUCACCUGCAAUAUAUUUUCACAAGAAUAACAUCAAUAGAAACUACAGAUUUAUUUUUCAAUGAUAUAACCACAUAAAACAUCCUCUAAAGCACCAGAACAUGCUAAAAAUAAGGAAACACAUAUAUGUUGUAUCCUGUGUGUGUGUGUGUUUUAUCGAGCACAGUCAUUGGUGCAUUUGUAAGUCACUUUGCUUUUUAAGUCACUUAGAGUGCAUUUGGGUUAUACAUUGAACGGUUUACCCUGCUGUCGCCAGCACCAUGUUGACCACAGUUAGAGAAUAUUUUAUAUCUUAAUUUAUUUUGUCUUUAUUUUUGAGGUGUAGGUU